AUGUCGACCGCUUCAUCGUGUACGCCUGCUCUGAAUGGCGGGCUUGGACUGCCUCCAUACACUUCUUCUCCGCUCAAAAGAACUGCAUCACCAUUCACGGAUCCAAGAACGCCUCCCUGUUCGCCGAAAAACACGGAGCAAAUCUGGGAUGAAUACGAACGAUGCGCAAGGGAAAGAUCUAAAUCAAGGAAAGCAUCCUUUUCGAGUUUGCAUCUGAGAGCCUUGGAGUCGCAAAGAUUCUCCAACGGCACGGUCCUGGAUAUCAUCAAAAGUUACGACCCAUAUUCCUCACCAAAAGCUCCAGCCUCAUCGCCUUCCUCCUCAGUCGCGCCAAGCCCUCGGAUAGAAGCCCCUCCGUCUUUCUCUCAGCGGAAGAACACGCUGCAAGGAACGUCACUUAGCAGGACUGUGUGCGAAGCAUGCGAGAAUUCAGCCAUUUCACCUUCAACAAUAUGCGAAGACUGCAAGCCGAAGACAAUCGCCCCGACUUCUAUACUACAUAUCGAGGACGUCCCAAGCCAAUUGAAUACAGAGCAGCUUACUUCUAGUGCUGCCUAUGUGAGCAAACGUCAAAAACACCAUACUCCUAGCAACUCUCGAAGUAGUGAAGCGUCAACUUCGAAAUCCAUCCAAACGUCCCAGAAACGCUCUGCUAAGACUAAUCAAUGUACGCUUCCGAUUCGGCUUUCAUCGCUCGACCAUUCCCGGACGCACGAUCGGUCAUCUGAACCUCCAGUACUCCAUCAAGAUCUUCCAUCUUCGAAGAUAUCAACUCCAGCCCCUCGUAUCCCGCGAAAGCCCGUCCCACAGCCCACUACUCCCGUCGGCUGUUCCUUCCCGCUGUUAUCGCCUACAUUCAACCAUAGUAGCAUCACCUCUCCGCCCCCGUCUACACCCCCAAGCACUGCAUCCUCGCGCCACAGCCCAAACAGCUUGCUCGCAUCAUCGCCGGAGUAUCACCUCUCCCUCUAUCCGUCUACUCCCACCACCGUCUGCACAACCCGAAUGUCCACUUCUGCGAGUACGCCGCUUCACCGUGCGAGCUACAGCUUACAGAACACAGUAAGCGUGUGGGAAGAUGACGAUGACGAAAAAUUCGGCUUGGUGGACUAUUUGCGGCGGGGAUGGAGAGGCAGUCGAUCGAGCUUCGGGUUCGUGGGGAGGAGGGAGAGUGGCAGCACUACCGGAGCGGGGGUAGAUGUGAUCUUGGAGAGGGAGGUCGAUGGGAAAAUGAGGCAAAGAGGGCGGUGGCGGAAGUGGACGAGGUGCGGGUGCUUUGGAUGCAAGGAUGAUUGA